CAUCCCGGCUCGCCUGCUCCCCGCCUGAGCGUCGGGAGUGGUCGCCGCCGCCGCAGGCGUGCGCGGACGGUCGGGGGCCGCCGGAAGCGACGCCGGCCGGGUGGGAUUCGCGGGCGCACAUCUCCGGCGGCACGGCCGCCUUCCCCCGGCCCGGUUAAGGCUCGCGUCCGGAGAGCGCCGUACCGCGACCGGGGACUCCCAGGAGUGUGUCCUGAAAGGUAACACACUUGUUGCCCCCCGCCUCUGACUAUCGGAGCUGGAAUGGCUGGAGUACUCCUUCCACGGCCUCCUGAGGAGUCAGAGGGACUCUUCGGAGGAAACAACAAAAAAUGGCCUGCCAAGGUUCAGGCGACUGGCCCACAGUGGAGCAGCCCAAACCACCAGGAGAUAUUCCGCCAGCGCUUCCGACAGUUCUGCUACAAGGAGACCCCUGGGCCCCGUGAGGCCUUGAGCCAGCUCUGGGUGUUCUGCUGUGAGUGGUUAAGGCCUGAGAUACGCACCAAGGAGCAGAUGUUGGACUUGGUGGUGCUGGAGCAGUUCCUGACCAUCCUGCCCGAGGAGCUCCAGGCCUGGGUGUGGGAGCAUCACCCGGAGAGCGGGGAGCAGGCCGUGGCUGUGCUGGAGGAUCUGGAGAAGGAACUGGAUGAACCAGGCCAGCAGGUUUCAACCCAGACCUGUGCACAGGAAGUGCUUUCUGAGACAUCGGUGCCUCUGGAUCCAGCUAAGGAAGCAACAUAUCUCCAGCCUCAACCCAUGGAGAUCCAGCUUAAGGGUGAAUCUCAGGACCCUCAACACCAACAGGACUGUGAUGACGUAAUCAGAAUUGAGAAAGGAGAAUCGAUUCAAAAGCAGGAGCUUACCAUAGAUACAGAGUCUCCAAAAAAGUCACCUGGCCAAAUCAACGGAAAAGUCCCUCAUUGUGAAGAAACCCAAGAACAUGAAGGACAGACAAAGAGAUAUCAGAGAAAUUCUUCAACCGAGAGAAGAUAUAAGUGUGACGAGUGUGGGAGAAGAUUCACUCAAAACUCAAGCCUCAUUAGACAUAAGAGAAUCCACACUGGAGACAGACCCUAUUCGUGUAACGUGUGCGGCAAAACCUUCAUCCAGAGUUCCCAACUUAUUGACCAUCAGAGAAUACAUAACCGAUUAAAACCAUAUCAGUGUGAUGAGUGUGGAAAAGCCUUUUAUUACAGUUCACACCUUGUUCAGCAUCAAAGGACCCACACUGGAGAAAAACCUUUCCAGUGCGGUGAGUGUGGGAAAGCCUUUCACUACAGCUCCGGCCUCGUUCGGCACCAGAGGACCCACACGGGAGAGAAGCCCUACCAGUGUCACGUCUGUGGAAAGGCUUUCUGUCUGAGCUCGCACCUGAUUCAGCACCAGCGCGUGCACACUGGGGAGAAGCCGUACCAGUGCAGCGAGUGUGGGAAAAGCUUCAGCCAGAGCUCAGGCCUCUUCCAUCACCACAGGAUCCACAGUGGGGAGAAGCCGUAUGAAUGUGAUGAGUGUGGAAAGGCCUUCAGUCACAGCUCAGCCCUGGUUGGGCACCAGCGAAUCCACAGUGGAGAGAGGCCCUAUGAGUGUGACGUGUGCGGGAAGGCGUUCAGUUAUAGCUCCCAUCUUCUGGGACAUCGAAGGAUCCACACUGGGGAGAAGCCCUAUGAGUGUGACGUGUGCGGGAAAGCUUUCCGGCGGAGCUCGCACCUCCUGGUACAUCAGCGAAUCCACAUCGUAGAGAAGCCCUGGCGCUACACGUGCGAGGACUGCGGGAAGAGUUUCAGUCACAGCUCAGACCUCAGCAAACACAGGAGGACUCACACUGGAGAGAAACCCUACAAGUGCGACGAAUGUGGGAAGGCCUUCAUUCAGCGCUCCCAUCUCCUCGGACAUCACAGAGUACACACUGGAGUGAAACCUUAUAAAUGUGAAGAAUGCGGGAAAGAUUUUAGUGGGCGCACAGGUCUUAUUCAGCACCAGAGAAUCCACACGGGUGAAAAACCCUAUGAAUGUGAGGAGUGCGGGAGGCCCUUCCGCGUGAGUUCGGCCCUUAUCAGACAUCAGAGAAUUCAUACAGCAAAUAAGCUCUACUAAGAUGGUGAAGGAACCGUUCUUAGCUCCUCAGGCCUCGUUAGUUCCCAGAGAAUCCGCCUUAGACACUGAGUAACCUGAAUGCGGGCAAAGCUUCAGUCGUCAUUAAACAUUUCUCCGGCACCAGAGAAUCUACCUGAGAAAGUUUCCUUUUAUUUCUAAAUUAGUUCAGUUUCUUGGGAAGAGUUAAGAGUUAUUUCAGAAAGCCUUGUCUGUUGACAUACUGCUGACUUGCAGCCCAAAAUAGCCAUUUCCUUGGUGGAAAGGCAGCAAAUGCUCCUUCUCAGCUCUCCUUGUUACUUGACCGUUCAGUAUACAACUUUGGGCAAACAUUCACUUUCUUUUUAAGUUUAUUUACUUUGAGAGAAACAGAGAUCCCAAGCAGGCGCACACAAGUGUGAAGGGGCAGAGAGAGAGAGACUCCCAAGCAGGUUCUGUGCUGUCAGUGCAGAGCCCGACGUAGGACUUGAACUCACAAACCAUGAGACCACGACCUGAGCCAAAAUCAAGAAUCACACACUCAACCAACUGAGCCUCUUGUGUGCCCCUAAACAUUCACAUUUUUCUCUGACUUCGUUUCCCAUUCCGUAGCAUGCAGAUGACACAGCAGAAACCUACCAGAUACAUUGUGUUAAGUUAAAGCUGCUUUUGAAAUUAAUAACUAAAACAAUACUAUCUGUUUUCCACCACUACUGCUAGAAUGGCCUAAAUAUUAAUCUCAUUUUUAUCUUAAAGUAGGGAGGACAAUCAUUUUGUGGAAUUUGUUUGCCAUUGCUGAAAAAGAGGAAACCAUCAGGAAAGAUAGCGGGCUAAGGAAGACAUUCCAGUGGAAAGGAAAGCAGUUAAGUGAUAAGUAGGAGCUAUUGGGAAGGAGGGGGGUGAUGGUGUAUUAGGCAUCUAUAAUGUGGAUAAUAUAUCACUCCUGAGUCUCCCGUCACUGUAAACUGAAGGACAUGGGAGGGAUCGGUCUAGAACUGUAUUGUCCAGUAUAGUAGCCAGUCACCCACACAUGGCUGUAUAAACUUAAAUUAACUGAAAUAAAAUCGAAAAUUCUGUUCAUUAGUGACAUUUUAAGUACUCAACAGCCACGUGUGGCUAGUAGCACCUGGAUUGGACAACACAGAUAUAGACCAUUUUUAUCUGCAGAAAGUUCUAAAGGAUAUUGCUGUCCUAAUCAAUCACUGGUAAGGUAUCUUCCAGCUUUGACAUCCUGUGAUUCUGAGUUCAGGAAGGUAGUAAAAGAGAUACCUGAGGAGGCUGCAAUAGCAACAGAUAAAAUGCAAACACCCUAAGAAAGUAACUUAGUAAUAACUUUAUAGCACCUUUUCAGCCUUAGCGAAAGAGUCUAUUAUAAUUGGAGGAUUGAAGACUAUUAAAGUCAAUACAGUAACCUCAUCUAAAUUAAAAGGCUAAAUUAUAAUCAAGUUUUUUCUUUUUGGCUUGGAAAUAUAUUAGCGGUUCAUGUACUUGCAACAGUUUUACAUCCCUAAUUUGAGAAUUUUAAUGACAUGACAGAAAUUGUGGCCAGAGGCCCAGCGCAUUCAGAUGUACACCAUCAAACUGCCCACUGGUUUUAGGAAUAGCCUUACCGGAACAACCAGGCAGUGACCGAAUCUCUGCCUGAAGACAAUAGUCAGACAUCCUUGCUUUUGUAUUGUGCUCGACUAGUUAAACCACCACAGUCCAUUUUGGGUCUCUACUACCACUGGGAGAUGAAUCUUAGGCCAUUCCUUGUGGCUCCAUAAAGGUAAACUGGGCUUUUAUGUCUUUUGAACAUACUUGGUAGAAAAUUUUAAAACCUCAAGCUUCACACUCCUACUUGUUUUUAUAAUAAUCAUCUGGGCAAUAUUUUAGGCAUUUGAGACAAAAGAUUUUUUAAUGGUCCUCAGAGAAAAGUAAAGCAUUAAAUCUCUAGUAUUAAAAAUGUCUUAUUUUGAAAAUAAAGUUAAAUGCUUACUGA